GCGGCGGGGGCCCCGGAGCCCGGCGGCGGCGCGGCGGCGCGGGCGGCCCCGCCGGGGGAGUGCCUCGACCGCGUCUACGAGGUGGUGCAGCCCACCGCCGCGAUCCGCGCGGAGCCGCACCUGGAGGCGAGGCUGAAGGGCAAGAAGUCGCGCGGCGGGCGGGUGAUUUGCAGCGAGAUCACGGUGAACGGGUGGCUCAGGGUGCCGGCCGACGGCGGCUGGCUGAUCACCGACAUGCGCGGCGCCGGCGGCCUGCUCGAGGUCGCCGUCCCCGCGGAGGUCGCCGUCGGCGGUGGGACCCCGAGACCUGCGGCGCUGGCUGUUGGCGUAUACCAGCCUCAGGGGAUGUGCUGCCUGGAGGUCGUCUGCCCGGCCGGCGCGCCGGUCCACGAGGCGCCGAGCCGCUCGGCGCGGCAGCUGGCGACGCGAAGGGCCGGCGAGUACGUGUUCGUGCAGACGAUGAACUUCGACGGCUGGGUCAAGCUGAGCGGCGAGAGCGGGUGGAUGCUCGUCAGGAGCACCGAGAUGGGCGAGCUGCUCAGGCUGCGAGGAGAGGCCGCCGGCGUCGACCUGUGGGCCCUCGCGGACGCUUGGGCCGCCGCCCGAGCCGCGCCCGGGAGGGAUCGGAGCCUGAGCCCGGGGCAUGUGGCGGCCUUGAAGGAGCUGGAGCAGAGGGUCCUCCUGGAGGCUGGCGCGCUCUACGGCCGGCACGUCCUCGGGGGUGCCGCGGGCGCGGAGUUGGUGGAGCGGAGGCUGCUCGUCGCCUCGGACCUGGCCGAACCCAGGUCGGAGCAGUGGAUCCGUCAGCGCCUGUUUGCUGGCGUCCUGCGGAGGCGGGCGGCGGAGGAGAGCGACCUCGCGGAGCUGCUGCCCAGCUUCGCGCUGGGGCCCCGCGUGCCGCCGCUGCCGGUGGAGGAGGGCGAGGGAGACUGCGCCGACCAGGCCCCCUGCCCGAGCGCCGCCGAGGGCUGCGGCGGCGCCGCCGAGGGGCCGCUGCUGCCGUUCGACUACCACGGCAGGAGGUACGUCAUGGACGACGCCGGGGUGAUCUUCGACCCCCCACACGAGGUGCCCGUCGGCGUGUGGAGCCCCAGCGCGGGCAAGAUAGAGCCCGUCGCCGUGCAGUGUGCGGCCAGAGGCGGCCCCGCGGCGGCCGUGGCCUACUUCGGCAGGGCCUUCUUCGUGGCCUCCGACGGCGAGCUGCUCGAUGUGGAGACUGGCGCAGCGGCGGGGCGCUUCCACGCGGAGGCGAACGAGCUGGUGCUCAACGAGGGAGAGGAGCUGCCGCUCUACCAGCCCGAGGAGGACGAGGCUGACCUGAUAACGCGCAGGAGUACCUGGACCGCGGCCGCGACAUGGCGCGGAGGGGGCGGCUGAACGCCGCGGCCUGCCUCCUCUCGGUGGCGAGCGUUGAAGGGCUGCCGGGGCCGGCCGGCGCACCGCGGCGCGGUGCUGGAUCUCGAGGGCGAGGUGCUGCGGGAGCGCGCGAGGUGCUCGGACCUCCUCGGCAGGCCGCAGGCGCUCCUGGAGGACGCAGAGCUCCUGCUGGCCCGGUGCCCGCUGGACCCCGAGGCCAUGGCCUGGAGGAGCGCGGCCCGGGAGUUGCUGGCGGCCGCGCGGCCUCCGCCGGACGGGGCCGCCGUCGCCCGCGGCUCGUGCGUGCAGUGCGGCGGGUUGGCGUCCAGGUGCGCCGCCUGUGGCCGCGGCACGGAGCGCCCCGGGCCGGCGUGCGCGCCGUGAGGGCGCCAUGGGCUCGCGCGUAGGAGCUUUCCGCGACUUCAGUCAGGCCUGUCCCUCCACAGGGGAUGUUUGGCCUUUCGCCCAACAUCCCCCUGUAGGGGGACAGGCCCGAAACCCUCGACUGCACGUAGGAGCGACCCUUCGCCGGAGUGACCUUUCGGUGCGGGCUCAUCGGGGUCCCCACGAUGGUCGCGUGCGACGCGGUGGCAGCUCAUCGCGCGCUUGGGUGUGGUCCCCCGCGGCCCUCAAAAAGCCGCGCACCUAAGAUAACAAUCUUUACCCAGCAUCACUCUUGCGUGUAGCGGAUGAGCGCGGCGCGGGCUCGCGCGUAGGAGCCUUGCGAGGAGGAUAGGGGAAGACAACGGCGCACGCCCAAGCUUUCGGAGCUCCGCGCGGAGGUCUUGGAUCUGCGCCGGCCCCGCUCGUACAAGGAAUCCACUCGGAGCUCUGGAAGGUUAUGUCUGUGCUGUUCUUUGCUUCUCUAGACGAGUGGCCUUCUUCCCACCUCACUUGUCCUCAGAGGGGUGCGCGCGCGAGAAGGACGCGCGCCACGAGCGGCCAGGGAAGGAAC